AUGGCAGCGGAAUCACAAAAGUCGGGCUCGUCGUCCGAGAACGUCGCCCACGUCAACUACGACCACAGCAAGCCCGAGUAUAUUGUCCAGGACGGCGUGGCGUACGUCGGCGAGAAGGGCGAAAAUGGCGGCGUGACGUACCAGAACGCCGCCGAUGGUGUCCCCGUCGAGUCUACCAACCUCUUGAGGUAUACCACAGGCUUCUGGGGCUCCGUCUUCCUGAGUCUCAGUCGUGUUGUUGGUACAGGUAUUUUUUCAACACCCGCCAACAUCCUCAAGGGCACCGGCAGUGUCGGCCUCGCCUUGUUCUUCUGGGUCAUUGGCUACGUUAUCAGCAUGAGCGGUCUCUCUGUAUACCUCGAGCUUGCGUCAUAUUUCCCGGGCCGGUCCGGAGCCGAUGUCGUGUACCUCGAGCAAGCCUAUCCCCGCCCGCGUUUCUUCUGGCCGCUCGCGUUCGGCUUCUACACUUGCGUGUUCGCCUUCGGGGCUGGAAAUUCGUUCGUGCUUGCAUCUUGGGUGUUCCGUUUCGCAUCGCGUGAGCCCACAGACUGGGAAAUCAAGGGAAUCGCCAUCGCGGCCAACACCCUCGUCGCGCUCUUGAUCAUUGCCAACACACGCCUCUCCUUGACACUGGUCAACGUUUUCGGCGUGCUCAAGGUCGCUACGCUCCUUUUCAUUGGAAUUACUGGCUGGGCGGUUCUUGGAGGUGCUUUCCCGGAAAAGGUCCCCGACCCGCACGCAAACUUCCGCAACGCGUUCGAGGGCACGGGCAACGACGCGUACUCCCUCUCCUCGUCGCUUGUCAACAUCGUCUACUCCUAUUGGGGUUACGCCAACGCAUUCAACUUGAACAAUGAGAUCAAGAAUCCAGUACGCACGCUCAAGUUGAGUUCGGCCAUCACCAUGUUCCUCAUCGCCACACUCUACAUGCUCGUCAAUGUGGCGUUUUUCGCUGUCCUUAGCAAAGCCGAGAUCCUCGCCUCGACGCAAAUCACGGCCACACUCUUCUGGGAGCGCCUCUGGGGUGCAAAGGUUGCCAAGGGAUUGACCAUUUUCCCGGUCCUGUCGGCGUUCUCAAACAUGCUGGCGAGUAUGAUCGGAUUUUCGCGCCAGGUCCGCGAGAUUGGCCGUCAAGGUCUCCUCCCCUACCCCAAGAUCUGGGUUUCGACCAAGCCCUUCGGCACGCCGAUUGCUCCCGUCCUCAUCUUGUGGUUUACAGCAGUCCUGUUCACCGUCGCACCCCCGGCUGGUGACGCGUUCCAGUUCAUCACCGCUCUUCAGAACUACCCCCAGUCUCUGUUCCUGCUCCUGAUGACCAUCGGCCUUCUCAUCAUCCGCCACCGCCGCAAAAAGAUGGGUAUCCCGGCCAGCGACUUCAAGGUCUGGACGCCUGUCGUCAUCUUCUUCAUUUGCGUCGAGCUCUUCCUCCUCAUUAUGCCCUGGGUCCCUCCUGCGGGCGGCAUCAACGACUCGGCAUUCAACUUCUUCUACGCGGCGUCCUCGCUCGGUGGUCUCGGCAUCAUCCUUGUCUGCUACCUCUACUACGUCCUCUGGAUGUACAUUCUCCCCAAGGCCGGCAAGUACCAGAUCCGCCGUCGUGUCCUCUUCAACGACGACGGUAGUGUUGGCAACCAGCUCAUCAAGGUCCCCAACGACGAGGUCGAGGCGUGGGACAUCAAGCAUGACCCUUCGGGACGUUCCCUCAAUGAGAAUGAGCGUGAUGCGUAG